GACCAGGAAUUUCUUUCAUCUGAACAAAAAUGGUCAAGAAUACAUAAGUGUUACCGUAUUUUAUUAUCUCAAAUAAAGUAAUAGUGGAUAUAAGGAUGAAAGGAUUUUAUCAUCACCAAACACACGUGUCAUAGCCACAGCUAUGGAGUGAGGUUUCGUCAAGUCGUUGCUUCAAAUUUAACAGCCCAGUCUGAGAUUUGCCACAAACUUAGCUGAUUUGAUAUCUAGGAUGGCAGUUUGAGAACAAGAAAGAAUCGGAGUUCAAGAAGUCUGCAAGGAUCUACAACAAGGAUUUUUUUAUAUAAACUUUGGUGACAGUUCAUGGCAUCUCCAAUCAUGUCCAUGACACUUCCACCACUCGCUAACCUUCCCCAGUGGCAACGGGUCCAGACGCUGGACAAAGCCCGCUAUCCACGCCCCUUCCUGAAGGACCAGAUACCUAUCCUCCCACCGACGAACUCGAGUGGUGCUUCGUCAUUUGUGCUUCACCCCGAUAAUGAGAGUCUGGACACUGGGGGUUCGGAGGUGGAUCCGCUGCAGAGGGUACUCCAUAUGGAACGCAGUAUGGAGUUUCUGAAGAGACAACAUCAUGAGGUGCUCUUUAGUCUCCAUCAAGAAAUUGAUGACUUGAAAAGGGAAAAUAAAGAGUUACAGUUCAAGGUCAUCAUGGCAAGAGGCGCAAGUCCAAAAAAAGAAUCCUCAAACUCUUCAAUCAAAUCUGAAGGAGAUGCUUUAGGAGGCAUCCAAACACAAACACAAAAACUAGACCAGCUCAAGAUGCUGUACAUGGAGGAUAAAGUGAAGGAGCUCACAGCCGCCGUCCAAGACGCUAGGAAUAGGAACACUUACCUCCAGAGGUUACUCAAGGAUGCUGUGGAGAAAAGACCACCAAGCCAAGAAGCUGCACAGCAGACCAGUCCGACCGAGCCCCAAACCAAUGGAGCCCCCGUCCCAGUCAGCAUGAACCCCUUGCAGGUCCAGGGGCCCAAUGAUCCCCAUCCCAGGGUACCUACCAUGGCAGAGUGUGAGGUCAUCAUAUCACACCUUCAAGACUGCAGUGAUAGGCAAUCACUAGAGUUGUCAAGACUGAAAUCCGAUCUGAAGGACGUCCUUUACUCUCAUAAGUGGACACCCGAUGCGUACCUCCUUGCUAAGGCGUAUGUAGCAGAGGAUGAUCCCAGUGCUGGGGAUGGGAAACUUCCAAGAAUAUCCUUAAAGAAUCAAUCCAAAAAAUUACCGGAGGCAGCGUUCAGCCAGAACAGCUUCUCCCUCCCUCCCCUGACCCAGACGAUGGGGAACAAGGUCGCCGAGAGACAGAAGCGAGUAGACGCCGUCAAGAGAGCACGCCAACAACGUAAAGAAGUCAUACUUUGACCUCCCGUAGUAACUAUCAUGUAUUACUGAGGGUCACUCUGUUGUCUACUAAAGGGCCAGUUCACUCACACUCUUAGUUUUGUUGUUUUAAAAGUAAAUACAUAUUAUAUGUUUUAUUCGGGUGGAUUUCACAAAGAGUGAAGACUCU